CAUCGCUGCAAAGCUGCCGGUUCAGGCUGUCCAAGCGACCGUUGAUUUGAGCCUCCCCAUCCCCGUCCCACGCCAAAAGUUGGCGGCAACCACAACAGAACUCGACCACAGCGACCGCAAACCACAGUCGCCACCAUGAGUUUCGUGCCCAUCAACCCGCGGCCGAUGCUGCAAGACCUGGUCAACAAGGACGUCUACGUGCGCCUAAAGUGGGGCGAGACCGAGUACAAGGGCAGGCUAGUCAGCAUCGACAGCUACAUGAACAUCCAGCUCAGCGGCGCCCAGGAGUACAUCGACCAGAAGCUCGCCGGCGACCUGGGGCAGAUCCUCAUCAGGUGCAACAACGUACUAUGGGUUCGCGGCGCCGACGGGGACACCAACAUGGAUGAUUAGGAGGGUCUGAUUGGGACAAGUGAGCAGCACAUCGGCGGGGACAGCUCGCGGGAGGCCCCGUCUCGAUGGUUGGAGGAAACAAGAGUGGAGGAUAAAAGCGAAUACCUAAAACUGUACCGGAGCAUUGGGUAGAUGGCGUUUUCAUAUGGGAAUUUGCGAUUCGCCUAAUUUUCCUCGAGGUCAGGCCGAGGUCCUCUUGAAUAAAUGGAGAAAUCCUUUUGAGAGCGGGAAAAGCCGCUAUCUUGGACUACUACUGGGAUUGCUGCCAAGUAGAAGAAUCAAAAUCCUUCAAAGCCCUCCCACUAGAGCCUACCAAUCCAACCAAUGACCAAACUCCAGA